AUGGAGACUGCCACUCCCGAGUCCAGCUCGAGCGCGUCUCGGCGCAAAGCCUCGACGGCUUGUUUCAGCUGCAAGAUCCGGAAGUCCAAGUGCUCCGGGGGGAACCCUUGCAGUGCCUGCAGUCGGUUGGGACUCCAAUGUAUAUACGACGCCUCUCUGGACAGGCGACGGAAAAUCCACUGGGAGCGAGCUGAGACCGAAUCCGCGCUUCAGAAGGAGAUGCUGCAGCGGCUUCUCCAAUUGAUCCACUCCGGGAGUGACGAGAUUCGAAAGAGUUUGAGAGACGAUGCGCAUAUCCAAACGCUUGCACAGAGGCUCGGCAUUGACCCGUCUGAAUACGCUGUCACGUCGUCGCACCCUGAGUCCUGGGCUGCAACCCACGCUCGAAAGACAGACCUCAACGAGUUCGGUGAGGACGUGAGUCAGAAAGAAGAGCUGAUUCGACGGCAAGGGGUGCCUCCUGCAGAAGGACCGCUUCACUUCGCGUUUGAAACGGAUCCCUCGACCAUAUUGACGAGCCGGGCAGGUUCGCACGACGAUCAAUGGCACCUGCCAAUGGUAUCUGGUGUGGCUACGCAGAGCCCCCGGAGACCUGACCCUCGAGACCCAUUUCGAAUCUUUUGUUUCAGAGACCACGAUACCCCCAGUGUGGAAUCAAUCAGCGUAUUCGGCGACUCCUCGUUCCUGUCAGCGACGGCCAGGGCAAGUCAGGUCCUGACCCUGCAGGGCGAGCAGACACUCCGUCUUGACAUCCCGGAGUACCUCAUCCAGCCGAUUUUGUUCGAGGGAGAGCGGUGCCCGAUGGCUGCUGUAUAUACCGACUUCCGGGAUUACGGACGAAGACAACUGGCCGCAGGGUUUCCCGUCGAAGUCGUCCUGGGUUCUGCACAAGUUGACCUCGCCCUCUAUUUUCGCGAACGCGAGCCAGAAGAUCCCCACACCCCGGCAACCUGGGCCUGCGAGUACAUGCGGCUGCUCAAAAACUUCGACGUCUAUGUAGCUCUGGCUUGGAUUUUCACCUAUGCACAUUUCAUGCGCUGGACAAUUGCCCCUUCGGCAGAGACGUAUGCGUUGCUCCCCGAGGCAAUGAGACCAACGCCUCUUCAAAGGCUCGUCCGUCAUCAUCCCGGUGUGGAUCUGCCGAUAUUCCCUGAGAUGCGCGACGGAUUGAUUCAAGAUAUGCGUGACUACAUCGUGGCGAUUCAGACUCUCGGAUGCAGCGUCAAUUGGGAAUACGGGCUCGAUGCAGCCAUUGACACUGACCCGGCGACCGGGACGAUGACCCUGUCAGACCAGUUUGCCACGCAUGUAUGUAGUCUUUCGCACUGGUCCAUCAGCCAAAAGUUUGCCGAUGUCUUCCCCGAAAUGCGAGACUAUUACCAGGUGGUCGAACAGGACACAAUCGCGGCCUCUGAGGUCGACAUCGGAGAGUUCCUGGCGCAAAGAAAAGGCCGCAAAGCGUCCUGA